GCUUAUAUAUUUAUAUAUAUGAGAACAAGUUCUUCAAACCAGCUUAGAUUAACAAUGUUUUGGUAUUGCUUCAGACAACCAAGAAUCUCCCAUGCCUUAUCAAUUGUGGAGCUUCUUGUUCAUAUGGAUUGUGAAGGAUGUGAAAGAAGGAUAAGAAAAGCAAUCUCUAAGUUAGAUGGAGUUGAUAGGUUGGACAUAGACAUGGACAAGCAGAAAGUGACAGUAACCGGAUAUGUCGAUCAGGGACGUGUUCUAAAGGCGGUGAGACGCACCGGUAGGAAGGCGGAGUUCUGGCCAUAUCCAUAUGAUGGAGAAUACUAUCCAUUGGCAGCACAAUAUCUAGAUGAAUCAAAUUUCACAACAUCUUAUAACUAUUACAGGCAUGGGUUUAAUGAACAUAUGCAUGGCUACUUCCCCAAUCUUCCCUAUACUCAUGUUGUUGAUGAUCAUACAUUUACUCUAUUUAGUGAUGAGAAUGUUCAUGCUUGCACCAUUAUGUGAUCCUUAUUCUCACAAAUGAUCAUAAUAAUUUAUACUAUACACAUUGAUAUUAUUAAUAGUAGAUUCUAUUGAGAACUUGUGGCCUAAGUUUUGGAGUUUUGUUGCUUUAAGUCUAGCUAAAAGGAUUGCUUCUUAUUGUGUUGAAGACAAGAAGACUGCCUUGGCCUCAUUGUG